UUAAAAUUCUGAAGGAUGGUCUGAAUAUAGUAUCUGACAAACAUCUGAAUUACGGCUAUAUAAACAUUUAUACAAGUAUAUUUAUAUGAAGUAAUGAUACUGUUCCUGAUCUGCACACAUUUAAUAAGCAGUGUACAAUAAAACUUCACGUCCCUUCAUUUUUCUUGGCCAAGUGAUCUAUGAUAAUGAAUAAGAGUCUUGAAAGUUUAAUGCAUUGUGCCGGUGGUAACUCUUCAGAACGUCAAUCAUUAGACGACUUGCAUGAAUCAACUACAGCUGAAGACGCUGGGUUAGAUGCUGGCGAUGACUUCACUGACGAUAACAAUUCCGAGUCACAUCUACGGAGGCGAAAAGGGAAGAUAAUAAGUUGUGCGAAGGAAAAAAUAGAAAAUGCCUCCCGUCAGUUAAGACGUAAACUACCCUAUGCAGGUCAUUUAAUGACACCCCGCAGGUUAUGGCUUAACAAAAUUCCUACGCAGUGUGAUGUUGUUAUUGAGUUUCCAGAAGAUGCGCCUGAUGAAGCUUUACGUUGGCUCCUUGCACGAAUACGGGCACAACCGCAUGCAGGUCUGGGACUGAUAGUUCAAGUCAAGGCGCAUGAAAGUACGCGAAGAAAUGCUUUUUAUAUAAGCGCUCCAGCGAAUGUCCUUUUUAAAGCCGCUGAAGAAGCGCGUUUACCUAAACGUCUUCGUCCUGAUUUAGGAGGUGCGUUACGAGAGUUUACUACUCGUGAAAGUCAUUGUUUCCAACAGUUAAAAAACGAUGAUGGUGGUGCUACACUUUUUACUUCACAAGAAAGACAGUGGUUAGUUCUUCAAGUACUGCAGGGACUACGCGCAGGUCGAGGCGAUAUAGAUGCUUUACAAGGUCGGGCUGCUGUUGCAGAGGGUCAAAGUAUUGUCGCUGCAUGGCAAGACUCUGGUCUUAUAACACAAGUCUUUCCUUUACAUGAGACUGGAAGCUUAACACAAUUACAAACUUGUUGGGUUAAACAAAUAUUUGCACCACAACCGCUUGAUGAUAUUGCUGAGUACUUUGGUUUUAAGGUGGCAUUAUAUUUUGCUUGGUUGGGGCAUUAUACAUGUGCUUUGGGCGUUCCUGCUGUUUUUGGUUCCAUUCUGUAUUGCAUCCUUUGGGGAAAAGGUCAAACUGCACAAGACAUGGGACAUGUACUUUUUUCAUUAUUUAAUGUUGCAUGGGCUUCCCUAUACUUAGAAGCUUGGAAACGAUAUUCAGUAGAGCUUUCAUUUCGUUGGGGUACAUUAUCUACUCCGCCAGAAUUGCUGGAACCACCUAGACCACUGUAUAAGGGUCCCUUAGUCGAAAAUAAUGUAACCGGCCGUCUGGAACCGAAAGAAGCUCCAGUGUGGAAACGUCGUGCAUUUCGUUACUUUGUUAGUUUUCCAGUUAUUGGACUUUGUCUUUUUCUAGUGUUUCUUGUAAUGUUCAUAAUGCUACGAUUUCAGGACUGGUGGGAUGCCAAGUUACCAGAUGAAAGUAUUAUAGGCUGUUUAAGUGUUAUACCAAAAGUGUUGCUUGCAGGAGCAAUUACACUUAUGGAUGAAGCGUAUUUUAAGUUGGCUGUUUGGCUAAACAACCGUGAGAACUAUCGACUGCAAUCGAAAUAUGAAAACCAUCUCAUUGCAAAAGUGGCACUUUUUCAAUUUGUUAACUCUUUUCUAUCACUUUUUUACAUCGCAUUUUAUUUGCGAGAUGAAGAAAAGCUUAAAGAACAAUUGGCAGGGCUUCUUAUAUCUCGGCAAAUCAUUGGCAAUUUGCGUGAAUCCGCUCUUCCAUACUUAAUCGAACAGUGGAGAUUGGCAAAGUUAAGCUUCAAUAUGUGGGGUGCAUUAAGUCCUACUCAAGUUUGCAAUAAAUCCAUAACAGACUUCAAUGGAACGUCUGCAGCACAAUCUAAGAAAGAUACACCACAUCGUACAGCAAUGAAAUUUAUACAACAAAAACAGGAAGAUGCAGUAUCGACUCCCACAAAACGUAAUAUUGGUCAAGCCGAAAUAGAAAGUUCAUUGUACAAGUAUGAUGGGACCUUUUCCGAUCAUCUGGAAAUGUUAGUACAAAUGGGUUAUGUUGUACUUUUCUCAGCCGCUUUUCCGUUGGCGGGUGUUUGUGCUCUGAUUAAUAAUUUAAUGGAAAUACGCUCGGAUGCUUUUAAACUGGCACAUGUGCAUCAGCGACCGUUUGGACAACGUGUUGCUAAUAUUGGUACAUGGCAAAAUGCUUUAAGUAUUUUGUCUCUAGCAGCUGUGAUUGUUAACUGUGCGUUAAUUGGAUUAUCGGGGCAAGUCUCUCGCCUAUGGCCGGGUCUAACAACUGCACAAACAAUUAUUUUAAUUGUUGCAUUGGAACAUAUUAUGUUAGGUUUGCGUUCUGCUUUAACGUGGCUGCUCCCUGAAUUACCGUCAUGGUUAGCUGCUGAAAUUGCCCGCGCUGAACACUGUCGACGGGAAAUGCAAUGUAAGGGUAUGUCGCCGCGGCCGACACCGCCAACCCCACCAUCAACAACUUCGACACAGCCCGAUCAGGACGGCAUUAAUAUGGAUGGGACAUUGACAAAUGAUCAAUCGAUAGAUAGUCAAUUCGUUGAUGAAAAUGUAUUUCAAGGACAAAUAUAUAAGCAAGCAGGAUACUCUCAAUAUGGCGAUGAAAUUACAAAUAUUGGCUUACAGCGUAAUGAACCUGAUAUCAGUCAUUAUGGCAAUCGUGAUUCUUCACCAGAUUCUCCGCCCUCACAGACAAGCACUAUUUUAAUACGGCCUUUACAUGAGUCUACAUCCCCUAAUAGUGGGUCUUCGGGAAAUAGCCUAAACCAAGACGUUAGUCACGGUCCAAGUGGCGCAUGUAAAAGUUGUAAGCUGAAAAUGAAAAUACCGGAAAUUCCUUCAUUUCAUGGAUAUUCAGUUCGUAAUUUAAGCUCAAACCAAAGAAUGCACGCUUUUUCAGGCGUUUCUGCAAGCAGUGCUAGUAUUCUAGCUCCUACUUCCCGCCAGCCCUUGCAUAUACCAGAAAUACCACCAUUCAGGAAAAAGUCAAACGAUUCUGCUGAACAUACUGGCAGUAGCGCUAGCAGUAGUCCACAGCGCUCACGUCAACUUAUAUUAACACCACCUCCUCAACAGCAUCCAUCAAAAAUACCGGAAAUACCGCCUUACAAACCACGCAAAAUAUCGGCAGAAAGUGCAACACACUUGCACAUAAGCGACAAGCAAUCCAUAAAACCACAUGCUCCUGAGUGGAUGUCACGUUUGAAAGUCAACGACGGUAUCAAUCUACAUAGGAGUAUAGAUUGUAUAGCAAAGGAGUUGACCAGUAAUACCGAUACAAUGGAUAUUUUAAAGCCCGCGCCAUCUUGGAGUAACGUUGCUGUAAAGACCGCCGUUCAACCGCAACAAAUAGCCGCCUCAUCAUCAUCGUCAUCCGGCGGCGGAGGAAGUGCUGGCAGUAGUGGCACAGGAGUUGGCAAUACUACUGGAAGAUUAGCAGAAAACAAUAUAAUAACAUCGGCAUCUAGACCAAGUGUAAGUGGAAUUUCAACAUCAUCAUCAAGUUCAUGGCACCAUCAUUCUCAUCAUCAAAAAGAAGCAGAUAAAGAGCAAGCCUCAACUUCAAGUGCCGGCAAAAACGCAACCAGUAACGCAGGAACAAGCAGUGCUACAACUGAAGAUGAAGCAAAAGCAGCAGAGCUAGCAGCCAAAAAGUCAAGAUUAAAACAGAAAUUGGUGAAAAGUGCUCGGUCUGUAGCUAUAUUUUCCCUUAAACUUAAAGAAAGACGUCAGCGCGAAGCUGAGAAAGCGGCUAUAAUUGCUGUGGAACACGCCAAGGCCUUGGCUAGACUUCCUCCGAUGCCACAGCAUGGUGGUGAACUUUCUUUAAUUCCAAUAGAACAAUUGAUUCAAAUCGAAGAUAUUAAGCCGACAGUUAAAACAACUCAAAUGUCAUCGAUAGCUUCCGCAGCAGCAUCAUCCACUUCAACGUCAACUGCAAAUACAACGCAAACAUCAAGCACAACACACCAUGCAAAUACUGGAAACUUUUAAGAAACAUCGAAAUUAUUAUAUGUAAAUAAUAAAAAUACUCUAAGUUAUUGAAGCUAUCGAAACAAAUUUAAGAUACAUUCUCAACCUAACUUAAGUAUGAAUUAUUCUUGAUGUUAAUUCCACUUCUCUGUCUUAUAUUUGUGUCGAAGGAUUACAUAGUUAAAAUUUUGUUCUUAACUUUCACGAAAUUACGAACCUCGCAUACUUUAUAUUGAGCUUAGUGAAAUAUUCUGUUAUUUCAUCUGUAUUUUACUUUUAGAGAGUUCAGUUAUACUUCUAUUAAACUAAACUUAGUUUAUAGUUAGAAGUUGCUUUUAAGCAUUACAGAAAAUUAUAUAAACCGCUUGAGUACCUUAGUCAAACGCUUAUCACCGUAUCUUAACUAUCUUGAUUACUGUUCACUAAAGUACAAUUUCAGUACUGAAACUGGAUUAUGUAGAAAUCAGUUGAAGGCAAAAUUGUACGUCCCUUCGUCGAGGGUCUGUAGUAUUAUAGAUAUACAUAAGUGGUACUCACGAUCUUGAUCUUGAGCUUGGCAGCCGACGUAACGUAAUAAUGUAAUAACAAUGCAGUUCGACAACAAUAAAAUACAUUGCAUUUUGCACUGUUAUUAUGUUACUUGGUUAUUGAACUCGUUAUUCGAGUUCGUGAGCACCCACUAUUAUUAUUAUUUAGUCUGCAUUACAGAAAAAAUUUAGAAAUAGUUGGAAAUAUUAAAGACAUUUUUU